AUGAGUAGGAUGUCUAAACAAGAAAAGGAUCGCAUCCUUUCCACACCUCAUCUCAACGUUCACGACCUAAAAAUCUACUCCACUCAGGAAAGGGGGCGAGGAGUAUACGCGUCACAUUAUAUACCAAGAGGCACGACCAUCGAAAUUUCGCCGGUGCUAUUCUUUUCUGAAAAGGAAUAUCGUGAUUAUGGCCGAUAUACAACGCUUGAUCAUUACACUUUCAUCUGGGGAGAUGGUCGUAUGGCUUUACCUUUAGGAUUGGGUGUGUAUCCAUUCAAACCCUCUCCAAACAAUAAUCAUUUGACCAACCACGGAUCUAGGCCGGGGGAGGAAUUAUUUAUCUUUUAUGGUCACAAGCUCUGGUUUCAAGACGCUUCUGCACACGCCGCGACAUCAGAAGAAACUCCUUCGCAGGAAGGAAAUGCCUGGAAUGAAAUGGCGGCGAUAGAUAUCGUCAGCAAUACUAAACUUUUAUCUCCACGAAAGUAUAACCUUAGCCUGGAGGCCAUUUUCGUUAUUCCAGCAAGUUCUAGGACUCUAAGGGUCGCCCCAGGGACGAGAUAUCCUUUUGAAUGGACCGUACCGAGACGCGAUCAACCAGCGUCAUCGCAACGCUUAGCGAUUUUGAGAAAGAUAAAGUCCAUAUUUACCACCGAUACGGACAUUGCGCAGGCAUCAUCGUCAACGUCCUUGAAUCAGCAAACAUUAUCCAAUACUGUUUCUCUCAGAUCUAGCGCUAGACUUCGUACCGCUCGCGAAAGACACCAGCAAGAAACCAACCAAGCCAAUUCUUCCACCGCAAACGCUGCAGACAAUCCCAGUAGGGCCUCCAAGUCUGAUAAAGGCAAAAGGAGAGCUUCGUUCCCGCAAACCGCCAGACCGUAA